AUGUAUUGUUCGUCUCAAAACUUGUUAAAAUCCUUCAAACAUCUCCUCCCUACCUCCCCAAAACACGCUUUCUCCAAAAGCCCCACCUUCCUAAAAGCGGUUUUAGCAAUCACCUUCCUUUCCCUCUUUUCCCUCCCUUACUAUUUCACAUCCUUUCCCCUCACCAAAUGGCGACUCUACCGGCCCGACCGAGCCCUCGUCGGGCCCCCGCCAGACAAGACGAACAUUUCCCACAUCCUCUUCGGAAUCGGCGGCUCCGCCGCCACGUGGUCCCACCGUCGCCGCUACUCCGAGCUCUGGUGGGAACCGAACGCGACCCGAGGCUUCGUCUGGCUAGACGAGGCCCCGAGCCCAGAUAACGGGCUCGAGCCGUGGCCCGAAUCAUCCCCCGAAUUCAAAGUCUCAUCCGACACGGCCCAUUUCAAGUACACGUGCCCGUACGGGCACCGGUCGGCCGUCCGUGUGGCUCGGAUCGUCAAGGAGAGCUUCGAGCUCGGGCAAGCGAACGUGAGGUGGUUCGUGAUGGGUGACGACGACACAAUUUUUUUCCCGGAGAAUUUGGCGAACGUGUUGGGAAAGUACGAUCACGAGAGGAUGCAUUAUAUCGGGAGCGUCUCGGAAAGCGUGGAGCAAGACGUGGUACACUCGUACACGAUGGGCUACGGAGGGGCGGGCUUUGCAGUCAGCUACGCGCUGGCGGCGGAGCUCGUUCGGAUCCUCGACGGGUGCAUUGACCGGUAUUCUGAUUUUUACGGGUCGGAUCAAAAGGUCGGUGGAUGUGUUAGCGAGAUUGGGGUGCCAUUGUCUAAAGAACUUGGAUUUCAUCAGAUGGAUAUCCGGGGCAACCCGUUCGGACUACUAUCCGCCCACCCGGUAGCACCCUUAGUUUCACUGCACCAUCUAGACUACGUGGAACCCCUAUUUCCGAACACGAGCCGGGUAGAUUCCAUCAAAAAGCUAAUCGUGGCAUACAAAUCUGAUCCGAAUCGGGUAUUGCAGCACACUUUCUGCUACGACCAGACCCAAAAUUGGUCCAUAUCGGUCGCAUGGGGCUACAAUGUACAGUUGUACCCGUUUUGGGUCAGACCUAAAGAGUUGAGCACCCCGUUGAGGACUUUUAUACCGUGGGCCAAGGACAAUAGCCCAUUCACUUUCAAUACCCGUGAGUACAAACUCGAGCCAUGCGAAAGGCCCAUCGUGUUUUAUUUUGAUGGGGUCGAGAAAUUCGAGAACGUGAGUACGGUGACGUCGUACACAAGGGCCGCCGCCGACGAGCAUCGGAAGAAAUGUGACAAGGCGAAUUAUAAGGCGGCCUAUUCGGUUAAGGGGUUCAAUGUGUCUGCAAGCCAUUUUGAUCCUCAAUUGUGGUACAAGGCACCAAGGAGACAGCUUUGCGAGGUAAUAAGUCGGUCCUAUGAGGAAGUCAACGUUGUAAGUCUCCGAAUCAGAGGAUACAAUCGGCUAGAAACGGUGUCGCCGGCGUAA